AUGAAAGCCUUCUCUUACUUCAGCUAUGCUCUAUUGGCAUGCAUGCCCCUCACGGAAGCUCACCCAGGGAUGGGCGAUACCAUGGCAGAGAUGCGCCAUCUCGCUGCCCGUGAAAAGCGACAAGCAUCGAAAGAGCUCAUCGGCGACCUGAAGACACUCGCAGACUCCAAGCUCACUGCCAUCGGCAAAGACAUCAAAGCGAUCAUUCUCGACCAGAAGUCUGCGGAGUCUGCUACCAUUGAUAACUCCAUCCCUGCUGGCAACAUCGGCAGUGCCGCCUGCAAAGCCGACAUGUGCUGUCAUUGGAAGUGGCUCGCGUACGAGAUGACGGCCAAGUUCAACGGUACUUCCGGUCGCUGCAGCAAGUUUGCUCGUCAAGCUGUUCGUCUGGGCUUCCAUGACGCAGGCGUAUGGUCUAAGAGCAGCAGUUAUGGCGGUGCAGACGGCAGUAUUCUCCUCAGCGACGAGAUGUCGCGUACAGAUAACAACGGCUUAUCUGCGAUUGCCGACCAAACGAAGAAGUGGUACACCAAAUACAACCAGUACGGAAUGAGCAUGGCGGACAUCAUCCAGUUCGGUGCCAACGUCGCCACUGUUGUAUGUCCACUUGGACCCAGGGUCAGAACAUUCAUUGGGCGUAAGGACAAUAGCAAAGCUGGGCCUACUGGUCUUCUCCCUGGAGAAAAGGACUCUGCGGAUAAGCUCAUCAAGCUUUUCCAAGACAAGACUAUCGAUGCACACGAUCUAGUCGCGUUGGUCGGGGCGCACACUACAUCGCAGCAACACUUUGUCGACACUAGCCGCGACGGCGACCCACAAGACUCUACUCCCGGUGUCUGGGACAUGGCCUUCUACCCACAGACGACAAACCCUAAUACACCUGUUCGUAUCAUCAAGUUUCAAAGCGACAUCAACUUGAGCAAGGACUCGAGGACGAGCGCUUCUUGGGCGCAGUUUAGCGUUCGAGGUACUGCUCAGCCUCAAUGGAAUGCGGACUACGCUAAAGCCUACACACGUUUGUCUCUUCUUGGCGUCAACAACAUCAAUGAUCUCAAAGAAUGCACCAAGGUUCUGCCGGCAGAGCGCCCUACAUUUGUUAGUGAAGACCAGGUUUUGCUAGAUAGGUGGCUCGCAGGCGAAUUUGAUCAGCUCAACAACUUGGUGGACGACGCUAUCCAGCUGACUGGCGUGAUCUCGUCAAAGGACAAGAAGGCUUGA